GCGUCCCUGCUCCUCGUGAUAAAGAAGAGUCCGGAUGGCGCCGUGGACUCUGAGCCUCCUGGUGCUGAGCCUUCAGGGCGCGGCGGCAGUGAUUCACUCUCUGAAGUUCUUCUACACUGCGUCGUCUGGAGUCCCAAACUUCCCAGAGUUUGUGACUGUUGGUCUGGUUGAUGAACAGCUGAUGCUUCACUAUGACAGCAACACCAGGAGAGCAGAACCCAAACAGGCCUGGAUGAGCAGAGUCACAGAGGAGGAUCCUCAGUACUGGAAGAGGAACACUGAGGUCUCCAGGUUCAGCCAGCAGGUCUUCAAAGUCAACAUUGAAACUCUAAAGAAACGCUUCAAUGAAACUGGAGAUGUCCACAUGGUACAGAUGAUGUCUGGCUGUGAAUGGGAUGAUGAGACUGGUGAGGUCAAAGGUUAUGAGCAGUAUGGUUUUGAUGGAGAGGACUUCCUGUCUUAUGACCUGGAGACAGAGUCAUGGAUCGCUCCCAGACAACAGGCCGUCAUCACCAAACUCAAGUGGGAACAGAGCAAAGCCAGGAUGGCACACAAAAAGCACUACCUCACUCAGGUGUGUCCUGAUUGGCUGAAGAAGUAUGUGACCUAUGGGAGGAGCUCUCUGAUGAGAACAGAGCUUCCCUCGGUGUCUCUCCUCCAGAAGACUCCCUCCUCUCCAGUCCGCUGCCACGCGACCGGCUUCUACCCGCGCUCAGCCGCACUGUUCUGGAGCAAAGAUGGAAAGGAGCUGCGGGGCGUGGACCACGGAGAGAUCCUCCCCAACCACGACGGAUCCUUCCAGAUGAGCGUCGACCUGAAACUCUCAGCAGUCCCAGCUGAAGACUGGAGGAGGUACCAGUGUGUGUUUUUCAGCUGUCUGGUGUGGAGGAGCCCAUCGUCAUCCCGCUGGAAGAAGCUGGGAUCAGGACCAACGCAGAGAAGCCUUCUGGCAUGACCACCAUCAUCAUCAUCAUCAUCAGCCUCGCCGUACUGGCUGUUCUUGCUCUCGCUGUGGGAGGAGUCAUGGCUUACAGAAAGA